UAAGUGAGAAACAGCUCUGCUGGGAAAUCGUGGGCCUCCGAGAGUGGAUUCGCCGACGUAACGUUGGAAGGCAGAUCGGGAGCGGUGCCGAGAAAAAUUUCCUUACUAGAUGACAUUUCAUCGCAAUGUCCGAUCGUUUGGGGCAAAUAACCAAGGGCAAGGAUGGGAAAAGCAAGUACUCGACUCUCAGCCUGUUUGAUAAGUAUAAAGGAAAGUCAGUAGACGCGAUCAGAUCCUCAGUUAUUCCUAGACAUGGCUUACAGAGUCUCGGGAAAGUUGCCACAGCCCGGCGCAUGCCACCGCCUGCAAACCUGCCAAGCUUGAAGUCUGAAAACAAAGGAAACGACCCCAACAUCGUUAUAGUACCCAAGGACGGGACGGGAUGGGCAAACAAGCAGGACCAGCAAGACCCAAAGAGUUCCAGUGCGACGGCCUCUCAGCCGCCGGAGUCGCUGCCGCAGCCGGGUUUGCAGAAAUCUGUCUCCAAUUUACAGAAGCCGACGCCGUCAAUCAGUCAGGAGAAUACAAAUUCAGUGCCAGGUGGACCAAAGUCAUGGGCACAGCUGAAUGGAAAGCCAGUAGGACACGAAGGUGGUUUAAGGGGCUCAAGCCGACUAUUAUCCUUCUCUCCCGAGGAAUUUCCGACGCUGAAAGCAGCCGGAGGGCAGGACAAGGCUGGCAGAGAAAAGGGCGUCUUAGAUCUGUCGUAUGGGCCAGGACCAAGCCUCCGCCCCCAGAAUGUGACAAGCUGGAGGGAGGGCGGUGGGCGAAACAUAAUUUCUGCCACGUCUCUGAGCGCCUCCCCAACUGAGCUGGGCAGCAGGAACUCGAGUGCGGGAGACGGCGCCCCCUCCUCGGCAUGCACCAGCGGUUCUCAGGACCCCUCUCUCCGCCCGGCCCAGCCUGUCCGCAAAGGGGCGUCACAGUUCAUGGGAAAUGCAUACCACCCACCUACAUACCAUGACAUGCUUCCUGCCUUUAUGUGUUCGCCACAGUCCUCGGAGAACCCGGGCACAGUGGAACGAGGACCUUUCCCCCUCCCCCAGCUCCGCCUGGAACCCCGCGUUCCUUUUAGACAGUUCCAGAUGAACGACCAAGAUGGAAAAGAAAACCGGCCUGGAGCGACCCGCCCGGCCCGGCCGUUGAGGCAGCUGGUGGGGCGGGCGCCGCGGCCCACCAUCAUCAACGCGGAGAACCUGAAGGGCCUGGACGACCUGGACACCGACGCUGAUGACGGCUGGGCAGGCCUCCACGAGGAAGUGGACUAUUCCGAGAAACUGAAGUUCAGUGACGACGAAGAGGAGGAAGACGUCGUGAAGGAUGGCAGGCCGAAGUGGAACAGCUGGGACCCCAGGAGGCAGCGGCAGUUGUCCAUGAGCUCUGCGGACAGUGCCGAUGCCAAGCGUGCCCAAGAGGAAGGAAAGGACUGGAGCGAGACGGUGGGCAUGACUCGGGCCGUCCGGAAGGUGCCGGAACCUCAGCCACCGUCCAGGAAGCUUCACAGCUGGGCGGCAGGCCCUGACUACCAGAAGUCCUCCAUGGGCGGCGUGUUCAGGCAGCAGUCCGUCGAGGACAAAGAGGACAAGCCACCGCCACGGCAGAAGUUCGUCCAGUCGGAGAUGUCCGAGGCCGUGGAGCGAGCCCGCAAGCGCCGGGAGGAGGAGGAGCGCCGUGCCCGGGAGGAGCGGCUGGCCGCCUGCGCCGCCAAGCUCAAGCAGCUGGACCAGAAGUGUAGGCAGGCCCAGAAGGCCAGCGAGGCCCAGGCGCAGGUGGAGAAGGAAGUCCCCCGGUCUCCCGGCACCGAGAAGGCGCCCCCACAGGAGAAUGGCCCUGCCGUCCGCAAAGGCUCCCCCGAGUUCUCUGCCCAGGAAGCUCCCGGCACGUUUCCAGAAGAAGCCCCCACGGCUCCUGCAGCCGUGGCUCAGGGCGGCAGCAGUGAGGAGGGGGCCAGGGAGGCGGGGUCCCCUGCACAGGAGUUCAGCAAGUACCAGAAGUCACUUCCUCCCCGAUUCCAGCGCCAGCAGCAGCAGCAGCAACAGGAGCAGCUGUACAAAAUGCAGCACUGGCAGCCGAUGUACCCUCCGCCCUCCCACCCACAGCGCACCUUCUACCCACACCACCCCCAGAUGCUGGGCUUCGACCCCAGGUGGAUGAUGAUGCCCUCCUACAUGGACCCACGGAUCACGCCCACUCGGACCCCGGUGGACUUCUACCCGUCGGCCCUGCAUCCCUCGGGACUGAUGAAGCCCAUGAUGCCCCAGGAUUCCCUCUGUGGGACCGGCUGUCGCUCUGAGGAUCAGAGUCGUGUGCCCCCACUGCAAGAGAGAAAAGUGACUGCCAUCGACCCAGCUCCUGUGUGGAGCCCCGAGGGCUACAUGGCGUUGCAGAGCAAGAGCUACUCGCUUCCCCACCCGAAGUCCAGCGACGCUUUGGCCAUGGACAUGCACGUCAGGUCCCCUGAUGAGGCCUUGCCAGGAGGUCUUGGCUGCAGCAGCGAGAGCAGCCCCUAUGCCCUGGAGCUGGCAGCCCACACCACCGCCGACAUCCCGGAUGCCCCGUGCGAGAAGGCAGAAAAGGAGGCCAAGCUGGCCGCCCAGAGGGCGAGCGAGCAGGGAGAGACCAUGGCACAGUUCGAUCUGAGCUACGGAAAUUCCAUUAUUGAGAAUUGCGGGUCCAGCCCCGGAGAGGAGAGCGAGGCGGGCUCCGUGGUGGGCGAAGGUUUCAUCCAAGUCCUGACCAAGAAGCAGCGCCGGCUACUGGAGGAGGAGAGGAGGCGGAAGGAGCAGGCGGUGCAGGUGCCUGUGAAAGGUCGAGGUCUUUCCUCCCGCGUCCCCCCUCGGUUUGCAAAAAAGCAGAACAGCUUGUGCCUGGAGCAGGGCGAUGUGACCGUUCCUGGCAGCAGCCUGGGCACCGAGAUCUGGGAGAGCAGCAGCCAAGCGCUCCCCGUCCAGGCCUCCACCAGCGACUCCUGGACUAAGGCCGCCACUGCCUUCAACAGCACUGAGUCUGGCUCUGCCGAGCAAGGCUUUAAGAGCAGCCAGGGAGAUAGUGGCGUUGACCUGAGCGCCGAGUCUCGGGAGUCGUCCGCCACCUCAUCACAGCGCAGCUCGCCGUACGGCACUCUGAAGCCGGAAGAGAUGAACGGGCCCGGCCUGGAGCCCAAGGCCGACGGCCACAAGGAACAGGCCCAGAAGCAGCCUGAACCAAAGGAUGCAGAGCAAAGCUCAGGACAGAGCAAGGAGCACAGACCAGGACCCAUUGGCAACGAGCGUUCUCUGAAAAACAGGAAGGGCUCCGAGGGGGCCGAGAGGCUGCAAGGGGCCGGCGCGCCCCCCGUCAACGGGGUGGAGAUUCACGUGGACGCCGUGCUGCCCGUGCCGCCCAUCGAAUUUGGCGUCAGUCCGAAAGACUCCGACUUCAGCUUGCCGCCUGGUUCCACCCCUGGUCCCGCGGGGAAUCCAGUUGUCAAGCUGCAGGACGCCUUGGCCAGUAACGCUGGGUUAACGCAGAGUAUUCCCAUCCUCCGCCGGGAUCACCACAUCCAGAGGGCCAUCGGCCUCUCCCCGAUGUCCUUCCCCACUGCCGACCUCACUCUGAAGAUGGAGUCCGCACGCAAGGCCUGGGAGAACUCACCCAGUCUGCCGGAGCAGAGCUCGCCCGGCGGCGCUGGCUCGGGCAUCCAGCCCCCGUCCUCUGUGGGCGCCUCCAGCGGGGUCAGCUACAGCUCCUUCGGCGGUGUGUCCAUGCCGCCCAUGCCUGUGGCCUCCGUGGCACCUUCCGCUUCUCUACCAGGCAACCACCUGCCGCCCCUCUACCUGGAUGGCCAUGUGUUUGCAAGUCAGCCCCGGCUGGUUCCUCAAACGAUACCUCAGCAGCAGAGUUACCAACAGGUGAUGACAGCAAGCCAGGCCGCCGCUGCCCAGCAGAUCCCGCUGUCCCUUCACACGUCACUGCAGGCUCCCGCCCAGCUGGGGCUGAGGGGCGGGCUCCCCGCCUCCCAGUCACAGGAGAUCUUCAGCUCCUUGCAGCCCUUCAGAUCUCAGGUGUACAUGCACCCCAGCCUGUCACCGCCCAGCACCAUGAUCCUCUCAGGAGGCACAGCCUUGAAGCCUCCGUACUCGGCGUUCCCCGGCAUACAGCCCUUGGAGAUGGUGAAGCCCCAGGCCGGCUCACCCUACCAGCCCUUGAGCGGAAACCAGGCCCUGGUCUACGAGAGCCAGCUCGGCCAGGCUGCCAGUCUGGGCGCCUCCCAGAUGUUGGACUCCCAGCUCCCACAGCAGCUGACGAUGCCGCUGCCUGGCUCCCAGCUGCCUCUGCCCCGGUAUGGCUCCGGGCAGCAGCCCCUGAUCCUGCCGCAGUCCCUCCAGCUGCCCCAGGGCCAGAGCCUCUCGGUCGGGGCUCCCCGCAGAAUUCUACCCCCCGGGUCCCAGCCUUCGGUCCUCCACACCAGCAGAGAGUCCUCUCAGAUAGAGAUGAAGGGCUUCCACUUUGCCGACAGUAAACAGAAUGUUCCUUCGGGAGGCUCCAUGUCGUCACCGCAGACCUACAGGCCUAGCUCUGCUAGCCCCAGUGGGAAGCCCUCUGGAUCAGCAGUUAACAUGGGCUCUGUGCAGGGACACUACGUUCAACAGGCAAAACAACGAGUGGAUGAAAAGCCCAGCCUGGGAGCCGUGACCCUGCAGGAGGCCCCCUCGGCCGCCUCCCAGAUGAAGCGAACGGGCGCCAUCAAGCCUCGAGCAGUGAAGGUGGAAGAGAGCAAGGCCUGAAGGUGCUCGGCCGCGCCUCGCCCCCGAGGACAGUGCCGCCACCUGCCGGGCACAGCCGUGGGCUCGGCCAUCUCAGCAGAUGCCGCCCGAGCUCUGGCCCGGACCGCGAGGGCUCCCUUCUCUCCGCUCCGGAAGCCCCGCCGUCCAGCCAGCCUGCGCCGUGGGUCUGUGGCGCUGACCCGCUUGCUUCCAGACGAAACAGACACACAGCCGACGACCCCCCUCGCGCCCCGCUCCGUGCUGACAGUGCCGGCUCGAGCCCUCCCGCCUGACCCCCUGCCCGCUCCUCAGCCGGGCGCGUUCCCGGCACCGCUCCCCACUCCCGGUCCCCGGCACAGUGGGUCGGCCCCUGGGUCUUCUCAGCUGGAGGAUCUUUGUUUUAAAAAGCAGCUUGAGGUUUUUACAAAGGGGAAAGGAAAACAAAACAAAACACGAGCUACGCGUGUGCAGCUGGACUUUUGUACGUCGUUUUCCGGCCUCGCCUCGGCCCCCACCGCCCCAGCAGUUCCCUUCCAUCUCUCUCCUGUUUAUUUGACACAUCACUGCGAUACCUUAACAGACGACGUAACGGGUCCCCUCCUGCUCGCUCCCUGUUGUUUAAGCUUCGAGGGUGUCUGUGGAAGGAGGAGGUUGCCUGAGACACCUCGGGAGCUUCCCGGUGUCCAGCGCAUGCUUCGAGGCAGUGCCGUGAGGGAGGUGAGCUGGGUCGAGGUCUCAGCUGGUUCUAGCCCGUGGCCUGAUGGCCGCACAGAGCCUGCGGGCAGCCCGGUGAGGUCGACGAUGUUUUCGGCGUAAGAAUUACACACAAUUUCUGUCCUGGACUCUUCUGAAGCCAGUGGCUGUGCUCUCCUCUGGCCCUGGGGCGUGUCAUGGAGGCACCGAGCCGCCGGUGUUCUCCGGUUCGGCCUGGACAGCGUGAGCUGGCGCCGCCACAGGCCCCGUCAGCGUCUCUGCUUGUGGGGCUCCGGCACCCACAGGGGCUGCUGUCACACGCGCUCCCUUUCCUGGAAGCCUGUCUCCUCCCUUCUUCCCGACCCUCUUUCUCGUCCGGAUCCUCCUGCCCCUCCACCUCUCACGCUCAUUUCUAGAAACCAUGAGUAACGAGUGCACGGACAGCGGUGUGGCCAGGGCCUUGGCAGGUGCGUGGUCUGUGAGGCUGUAGGGAGGGCUUCUUCUUUCUCCUUUUCUUUGCUCCCAGCAGCAGACCGGGUUUUUGGGACAGCAGGUCUGAGUCGGGCAGUGGGGACAGCAUCAGCCUUUCCAGAUGUCUGGGGCAGGAUCCACGGGGUUGGUGCGUUGCAGGGCUGGCCGUGGUUCCAGAACCUACCGGGCAGCCCUGGAGGAAGGCCGCCUCUAGCAACAUGCUGGUGUGAGCCAUUCGAUGCUGUGUCACUGUUCGUUUUUUCAGCAAGGACUAGGAGGAAAUCGUGUCCGAUUCUGUCAUUCCGAGGAAAGGGAGGGGAAAAUUCACGUUUUGUACUCGCUCUUCAGAGUAAGCAAGCAGCCCUCCGUCUGGAGUUGCCACUGCCUGCGACCGCCAGUGGUUCCGCGAGGACCUGGCUGGGAGGACGGGCAGCAGGCGGGUGGGAUGUGCCCCGCAGAGUCCACCCUCCGUGUGCCCGCCGGCGUGUGACGGCCACUCGGGCUGCGGUUUCAGCCGUGUCCGGUGUAGAGAGCCGUGCGCUGGGGACUGUCGAGGCAACUUGAGUGCCGCUCUCCACCGCUUCGAGGAAGUGGGGGACCACCGCCCUGCAGACGCUGGCCCCCGGCGCGGCCUCUGGAGGGGGCCAGUCGUCCCCAACGACGCCCACUGCUUCACCUGCAGCUCAGCGUCCCCUCCUUGCCUUUUUUUACUUGCUUGUCACUUUCUUUGUGCCGAGUCGUUACUCUGAAGGGCCUUCUGAAGGGGCUGCCCAUGCGACAGAGUGGCCCGCUCCCUCCCGUCCCCUGCGCUCACCUGCUCUGCCCCACCUCUGCGCUCUCCCGCUCCAUUGCCCAGCGCCCCCCGCAGGAGCCACGCACGCUCACCGCUGCCUGCACACUUAGGAACACGGCCACACCCCUCACACCUAAUUCUGGUGUGCACUGUCAGGAGGAAAAAAAGUUCUCUCAGUUUGAAAUUGGACAGAACAGUCGCGGAUGCUGUUACAAACUCAAGACGCGCCCUUCAGGUGACCCUGCCAUCAGAGUGACAGGACUUCCUGUUCUCCAGCCCUCUUCUCCACCCUUGUAUCUUCUCCUCCCACCCCAAUGAAAACAAAACACUAGAAUUUAUUUAUAUGUAUUGAUGUUGUAGGUCUAGGUGAAGAAAAAGUACACGUUUCACUGCUCUAUUUAUAUAUGACGUCUGAACCACUCUGUGCAGGAAAGGCCAGGAAAUUGCAUGUGAGUUUCAGUGCGUUCACCGCCUCUGUGUGCCCGGGCCGCAGCUCCUCCCACUGAGAUGCAGAUUUUAAAUUGGACUCUGGGGACAGGGCCGGCCCAAGGCCUGCCCAACAUCCCAUCCCUUGGUCUGAGGAAAUGCAGUGUUUAGUGCAGAGAUGUUUCAAGGUGCAAUAUCUCUCUUCCUUUCAUGUCGUUUUAGAGCCAAGCUCAAGGUAAUAAUAGGACUUAGGGUCUUAUUUUGGUUUCAGACCCCCAUCCUCAGAGCGCAGAUCCACGCCGAGGCCUCUGCCAAGAUCCCUUGGGGCCUUUGGCAGGAACAGGUAAAAACCCACACUUAGGUUUUCUGCUGCUGAAAUGGGGGUGGUGUCAGAGCCCUCCCAUACACCUUUGCCUGCUAAAAAUGCCCUCCCUUCUGAAGCUGGCAGCUUUGCCCUGGCCAUUGAUGGUGCAGCCUGUUGCUGGGCAACCCAUGGCCCUGCAGUAGUGUGUGUCCUAAGUCAACUACUCAGUGGGGUGAAACCCCAGCGUGUGGAGUCGUGUAUCUGAGAAGCAGCGUCCACCCACUGCGGACUUCUCUGCCAGCUGUAUUUGGUCUGGUUUUCUUUACUGUUGCUUCCCUUUUUUUUUAAUCCACGUUAUUUUCAAACUGGGAAUUCAUACACUUCUGGCUCUGAGUUCCUUAAGGGGGAAAACAAAAGACGAUUCACAUUCAGAAAAAUCUGUCCAGUUCCAAAGCCGUGGUCAUUCCAACCACUGCCCAGAAUAUUGGGGUCUCUUGUCUUUAAACGCCAGCAUCUGUUCUCUCCAGCUCUGCUCUCGCCCUCCUCUGGGUCUGCCUUCUGGAUGGUCGACGGGGUUUGUGACUGAUGUGAGCCAAGGAGACUGAGGGUGUGCACAUGGCCGUGUUCAGAACUGGCCAACGGAGGCAGCGUGUGGCAGAUUGGUAAAGGUCGUCCCCCGCUGAUGGGUUCCCCUCCACCCGGUAGCUGCACGUUUCUUCUGUCUGUCCCUUAUCACUUGCAGAGCAGCCUGGGUUAGCAGAUCUGUUGGAAAUUGCUUUUGACUACCAAGGACACUAUUUGUGCUUUGUCGUGUUCUGUGAUGAAAAAUGCAGACUUCAGAAAGCCAGCUCUUCUUGUUUGAAAAUGUGAGAUGGACAUAAGACAAAUAGAUCACCGGGGACAGGAGUGGCUCAGCUUUGGGGUCAGACACUGUCCUGUCUCCUAGCCAUGCUUUCCACUGGGACCACCAGCACAUAUUUGGCUAGUGAUCUUCAAGGCGUAUCCAACCUGCUGUUCACCAUUUCCCCACCCCAGUCGGUGGCCUCCAAGAUGGUAGCAUCCCCAGGGCCCUGUCUUCAGCAUGUUAUGAAGCCUCGGAGUGGAAAUUCCUAUUAAGCCUCUGUGUGGAUGACUUUCUUCCAUUGGUUAAAGGGGAUACUGUACUGUAAGCUUUUGACCUCAUGCCUUGCAUAGUAAAAAGGGUUUGGGGUUUUUUUGUUCUUGACGGGGUUUUUUUAUUUUGGCCUUUCCUCUUUGUCUUUUCACGUAGACCAGAUAUUUGAAAGGGCAGACGAUGGCUAAAGGUGUAAUGUGCAGCUUGUUUAUACCUUAUUUUGGGGAAGCUUUUACCUUGGAUGGGACAUAGAAUCAUGGAUUCACCAGGCCAUGGUGGUGGCACCCUCACCCUUCACCCUCCCCUCUGGUUCAGUACCUAUUGUUUCUCCUUUCAAAUAUGUGAUUGUACUAGCUCUUUCCAUAUGAAAGAAUUCUCCUUAUUUAAAUAAAAAAAAGUAAAAAAAACUAAAGCUGAA